UCUCUCUUUCUCUUUUGUCUAUUGUUGUGUGAGAAGUUGCCGGAGUUUCCCAAGGCUGGAUGGAUCCUGGAAUUUAGAUGCACUCAUCUGACUCAAACAUUUCGCAUCUUGGUGUAAACACGAUAAUGUCUUCAGUAAACAGUGUGGAGUCCCUAGGGACGUUGCAAUGGGACAUGAUCGAAUUAUCCGGUCAUCUACGACAAGAACGUCUUUUCGUCAAUUCAGAGCAACAGAAUCUGCAAGCGCUUAAUGAAAAAGUUUUGUAUAUGUCAUCAGACUUGGCUCAACAAGCCUGGGUAACAGCUCAACAAAGAGUCAACUUAAAUCGUCUGAUAGUAGCGCGCCCAGACUCCACUCCAGCAUCCUGUUGCCAGCGAGCGAACGCUCUCGAGAAUUCUCACUUUAUUGACGCUUACAAGCAUUUCCAAUACCAAACAUGCUUAUCAUAUGGAGAAUUUCUCGGCGCUCUGCGAAAAUCGCCAAAACUGCUCGCUUCCUGCCUGGUCGAAGGAGACAAAAUCCUCGCAGAAGUAAUGCAAGGAAUAAUCCAAUCCUUGGCAACAGGACUUUACGGAAGCUGUCUGCUCCCCGAAGACAAAAUACUCGUUCUAAAACUUCUCCGGCACCUCUUGCUGCUUCAAAUAGUCCCAUCAGACAAUCCUAGAAGAUUACUCAGACACGGGACGUGCGCCUUUUCCAGCUUCUACUCGGUUUUUCACGAGAGUCUCUUCUCUUCGAAAUUGUUUUUAACAGCAGCCCUGCAUGGACCAAUAAUGCAAUUGCUAAUGGAAGACGAGACUUUCCUGGAUAUUGAUCCUGACAAAGCUCCAAUUCGAUUUCUACCCGCCGAACGGCUCAAGAAAUUUGGAAAGGAAGGAACUCCAGAGUACCAGGCCAAGUUACAGCGCUAUCGAGUCUGGACUGUAAAUUCCCUGGUUCGAAUUACUCAGAGAUUCAUUGUGAGUAUUCGGGAGAACAUGCACUGCUUUCCGACGAGUAUUUUCUGGUUAGUGAGACAAAUGGCUGGCCUCUUGAGCAAAAGCGGAAACGUGGAUCAGAAGGAGGUUCAUGCAAUGUGCACUGAUUUGGUUUUUACUUAUUUCAUCUGUCCUGCAAUUGUCAAUCCGGAACCGUAUGGAAUCACCGAUGCGCCAAUCAGUUAUGUCGCGAGGUUUAAUCUGAUCCAAGUCGGACAGAUUCUGCAAAUGCUUGCGCUUAUGAAGUACCAGUCGAUUGAUGGCAAAGUGAUUGACUUGUACAAAAGAUUUGAAAAGGAUUCUGUCUCAUCGAUCAUAGAUACGAUGCUCGAUGGCGCUACGGAGGAAUUAGAGGACGAGCCCACAAUGAUUGAAACUAAUAAAUUACAGGGACUGUCGAGGUCUGCUGCGCUCUUUACGGAGAACGAGUUGAAUGCCUUAAUCUCAUUUAUGCAAACGAUUAAUGCUGAAAUGACAAAGGAUGAUGCGGGGCCGUCAAGUCUUGAGAAUCAGAAACAGUUGAGUGAGAUGUUGGCUCAGUUGCCUACAAAUAUUAUUAACUCUAAUCGAGUUCCGGAUAAUGUCUCUCCGGAAACUCCCAGCAAAAGGGGCGGAAUUCUUGGAAAGGUAGGAAGGGGCAGAGGAAAUCGGAUAUCUUCAUCUUCUUCGUCGAAUACAACGACAGAUGGCGGCGAGGAAGUGAAUGGAACGUCGGGAACAGAGGACGAGUCGUUGGAUAAAACUCCUCAAGGUGUUCUCGUUAUUCCUUUUGGGUCUACAAUGGGCAAGUGUGUCGGAUUGCUUAGCGAGCAGAAGGUUCUUUGCAUGGACAUACAAAAUAAUAUGGAGAAUGAGUCAAUUACGUUGAACCUUCCGGAUGAUUUGUCACGUGGAAACGAUUGUGCGAGAGAGAGCAACAGCGCUGAACGGAUUGAGAUACAAGAAAAGAGGACCCGAUUUUCCCUAUCUCAUGACGAAGUCUUAUUCGAGGGGUCCAUUGGAAAUACCUCGGAUAAUUUAGAAGCCGUCUCUGAAGCAGCUUCCAAUCACAGCGUCGCUUCCUCGCUAGAAUUGGAAACAGAAGAUCAAAAUGAUAAUUUGUCGGAUAUGGUUUCAGCAAAUGUGUCGGGAAGAGGCACUCCCAAUAUUUCAGGUCGAGAUACUCCUUCUUCACAGAUUACGGAGGGCGACGAUGGUCGCGUUCCAGGUGAAGCAAGACAAAUGGAUUUACCUCCUCCAACGAUGCCGACAAAACAGAGUCGUUCGGAAAUAGACGACAAGUUUUGCAAGUUCGAGAUAAAGAAACUGAUUGAAGGCGAUGAAACUAUUUCUCUGGUAUCCGAUACGUGGUCCACAGACGUUUUGGCUUCAGACAGCGAAUUUGUAGAGCAGCAAGAACGAUUUCCGUUUCCUCCUCCUGUGGAACAACCACCGCCUUCCCUUCCAGUGGAAGCUUUGCAGAUGUUGGACGUGAGCGAAACUGCAUCAGAAGCUUGGAGUACCGAUGUACUCGCGAGCGAUUCCGAGAGACUCACUGAAGUCGAUACUGAUGAUACAGCCAGUGUCGCCAGAUCGGACGACACUGCGAGGUCGGAAAUUGAAAGUCGGGGCGAGCCUGAAGGUGGAGAGGAAACGCCACCUCCUGUAAAUUUAGGGGAAAAUUCAGGAGCGGUAUUCAGGCCGAUUCGAGAAGAUCCAAUCGGCGGCGCCUCAGUAAAUGUGCUGUCGUCGCCGACAGCUUCGCACUCGCCAUCUUCGUCAAACGUGACAGGUCGAGGAGGAACGAGAUCUGAUUACAGACGAAGUACCAUGGAAUACGUAGACAGUAAUGCCAAUAUGGAUUACCAGAAAACUGUCGGAGAUGACAGAUUGUCGCAUCUUAUGGACAAGCUACAAAUCGACAAUAGCAAAGUCAAUGGCGAACGACAGAAUAUUGUAAAUGGAUUUGCAGGAGCUGCUACCUCGUCAGCUUCAUUGACCAACAGUAUUUUGUCGCCGACUCUCUCACAAGAAAAGCUUGCGAACGGCGAUAUAAAAACAGAGGAAUUGGAAGGUUACGCAGCAGGAAGCUCGAGCGACAUUGUCGUGAGAUUAAGCACCGCUAGUUUGACAUCUAGCAGUAGUUCCGGAUCUGAGCCACGAACAAAAAGCAAUGCAUGCACGACAGAUUUGAGAACAGCACAAUCUCCAUUGAACGGAGGAAGUGAUUGUCAGGUGAAUUCCUCUUCUUCGAAGCCUAGUCCUUCGACGGGCGCUAUACCAAAAAGUAUAAGCUUCGAUAUGACCGCUGAAAGGGGAGACAAGGAGUUGUUGGACGACGAUCAAAAAAACAAAAGAGGUUUCUUUUGCAAGCUGAAAAUGUCGCUGAAAAACAGAAGGGGUAAAUCCUUCCGUGGAACAGAUGAUUUAAAUAGGUGUUACGAUAGAGAAGCUGGAGGCGAUGGGGUCGAUAUUGGGAGACACAGAUUAAGAAGGAUAAUGUCCGAAGAUCCUUCUGCGAGCGGAAGCGCAAACAACGAUAGUACGGAUGAUAUUUUAGCAAAAUAUAGGAGGAAACCAAGUACAAAUAGCGAUACAGCAUCUGUGGAGAGUACUCAGUCGAGAUCAAAGGAAGUCGAGGACGAGCGGUUGCUGAUUGAUCCUAAUAAUGUAGAAAUGUCUUUUGCAUUUGUUGAUGCCAAGAGAAAACUUCGAAUGGUACUCAGUACUGCGGACUUGCAGCAUAUUCCAUGGUCCACUAUGUCAGAGAGGAGUGGCUGGACCCAGAAGGAGAAUGAAUUGGUAGCUUUCCUCCAAAUGCAGUUGGCGGAAGCUAUAAAUUUACAGGACAGAGCGUUGAUUGCACACCUUCACGAAACAUUGCGAUGUGUGAGGCUAUUCAACGAUGAUGGUUGUAGGAAGUUGUUCAAGUCUCUGAGAGAUGACUAUAGAAAGAGAUCUCCUUACAUAGCUUAUCUUAUUCGAUGCCGACAAGGUUUAUUGUCUACUGUUGCUCAUUUAGAUCGGUUAACUGAAAGGUUAAAGUGCGACCGAGAUGCAGUAAACAACCACCUAGUGUCCGUCUGUGUAAAAGUAUUUUUGGAAAAAAGGGAAGUCCUGCUUUCUCGAUUUUGCGAAGAGUUCAAAAAGCCUUCCUUACCAGACGAGAAGCAAGACCUGGUGGAGACUUUCUUGGGGAAAAUCCACGCAGAAAUGGACAAUGAUCCAAUCUGGCAAGCGGCCAGUAACGGUCAGUUGGAGUUGGCGAGAAUAGUGAUGGAAAGAAUCGUAAUGGCUCAAAUGUACUAUAAUGCUCUCUAUCCAAACGGAGAUGGUGAUUUAUGCAGAGAUCAAGUUCUCAACGAUCAUAUUAAAAAGCUGUCCAAGGGAUUGACGCCCAAUCAUAAGGAUUUGCGUAUUCCAAAGAUUUAUCAUUACGAGUGUCCUUGGCCCUGGGCGCAAGCCGAGUUGGCCGUAAUCUCGGCGUACAAAACUCCUAGGGAUAAAUUUCAAUGCGUUUUUAGAUGCGCAACCACAAUUAUGAGCCUGCUGUGCAUGGCUUCGGAGAGAGGAAUUCCUGCCGCUGAUGAUCUGAUUCCAGUACUCGUUUAUGUUAUCAUAAAGACAAAUCCACCGUCGUUAUUAUCAACAGUUCAAUAUGUCGAAAGUUUCUACGGUAAUCAUUUGCAGGGUGAAGAACAAUAUUGGUGGACUCAAUUUUGCUCGGCGAUCGAAUUUAUUAAAACUAUGGAUUAAUACUAGUAGAAAUUACGAUGAUACGAGAAAAAUUCAGAUCUUUAUCUGAAUGAUUUAGUACGUAAUACUUUCUGUGUAAAGAUCUACUAAGGAUUUUCGUGCUUCACAGAAGACAUAUUGUAAAUUUACUGCUAAUGUAUAAUUAAAAUAUCUCCGUUUAUUUUUCUUAAGUGAGCUGAACAGAAUAUAUUGUUUACAUUAUUGUAAAAAUAACUGCAACAGUAAUAAUAUUAACAGUAAUAAUAAUUAGUGUAGAUAAUGGCAUACUUGAGUGAAAAUUACUUCUUUUACGUAUAUUUUUGUGAAUCACAUUGCUGUAAAAUUGUGAACAUUUAGAAUGCAGUGGAAGUCCGGGAUACCACUGGUAAACUUUUUCUUAAUAGUUCUUAGCACCCAAACAAUCAUUGAAAAGCUCUUGAAAUGUUUGUAAAAUCUUAGAAAUAUUUUGAAAUUUUUAUUAUUUAAAAAAUUUUCAAUCUAUUAUUCAUGUAAAAACGAUUUAUUCUCAGUUUGACUGAAUUAGGGAUUUUUUUCCAGCGGAUUCAUGAACCAUCAUUAUAGAUUAAACCUAAAUUUUACAAUUAUUACUAUAAUUAAAAUUACAUUCCAUAAUUAUAAUGGGUAAACUACAUAUUUUAGAAAACAAGUCAUAAUUUUAAGAAUUUCAAAUUCCUUUAUAGUUUCUCUUCUUUCUCUCUAUAAAAAUAGAAAUGCUACAAAUAUCUCAAAAAUAUUUUAAAUCCUGGAAUUCUUUUCAAAUCUCUUCAAGUCUUUACAUCCCUUGAAAACUUUGAAAUUUUUAUUAUUUUUAAAUGUUUUUUAAAAUGUUAAAUAUCCUCAAAGAAAAUGGAAGAUGUGCGUGUAAAUAAUUGAGAGUUAAUUCAUCGAUGUACGGAAAAAUAAAUUGCUUUAAAUAUUCCAAAAAAUAUGUUCAGAGUAGACUUCUGAUUUUUCCAGCUUUUUCAACGAAAGAUAUGUGAAAUCAUUAAUCAAUUCAAAACUGAAAUUUUGAAUGAUAAUUAUUUGAUAUUCCAGAAACUUGUCAAUGCUUCUUCCUACUUUUUUUUCUUUAAAAGAAAAUUCUGGGUUUCUCC